AUGCUCUGGUUUGCGGGAUAUGUUCAAGCUUUCCUAGUCUUCUUAAGAUUUAUUCUGAAUCUUUUGAAUUUUGUCCCAGCCGCCGUCUGUCUUUACUAUUCGACCCCAAUCGAGCAUUGUAGGGUAAACAAUACGUCGCACAAUAUUCUGGGUCAACAAAAACUCAGCAAUGCUGUGAAUGCGAUAGGAACGCUCGUGGAGGACGGAAAUUCACUUCUGCUAAUAACGGCUAUCUUUUCUUGGAAGAUCUUCAACGUCAAAGAGUUCUUCUGCGCGGUCCUUCGAGUAGGACAUUUCUGGGUUUGGUGCCUGUUUUGCGUUUCCAACGCUUUGUCUAUUCUCUAUGUGGAUAUCGUCCAUGGAAAGGAUCACACUGGAAAAGUAAACGUCCAAGCAGUGGCUCUGAUAUCAGAAAUGUUGCUUCUUACGAUACUUGCCAGCGCCGUUAAUUUCAUUGCCCAUGACACCUACAUAAACUGGGUUGAGAAUCGCUUCCAUGGCCAGUUAAACACCCAACGCGUGUUUAAACCUCUCUGUCGCCUAGUUCUGAGCGCGUACUUUGUUCGCAAUCUUGGUUUCUUUCUCUAUGACACAGCCCUGGUUUCCUUAAGUAUUUCGCUGGUUAAAGGAGGAACGGUGCAAGGCUCGCGCGACUGGGAUAGCUUGCUCCUGUUGCUUAGCGCGGCAUUUCGGGCAAGUUUAACCAAAUUCUUCUUUGAAAAGAUGUUUCAAGGACAACAACUACCCACGGUAAGAUAAAGGUCAUUAAAAGUUAAUCUGGCUUUACAAGAUUAUAACAUCUCUUCAUUANGUCGCACAAUAUUCUGGGUCAACAAAAAUUCAGCAAUGCUGUGAAUGCGAUAGGAACGCUCGUGGAGGACGGAAAUUCACUUCUGCUAAUAACGGCUAUCUUUUCUUGGAAGUUUUUUAACGUCAAAGAGUUCUUCUGCGCGGUCCUUCGAGUAGGACAUUUCUGGGUUUGGUGCCUGUUUUGCGUUUCCAACGCUUUGUCUAUUCUCUAUGUGGAUAUCGUCCAUGGAAAGGAUCACACUGGAAAAGUAAACGUCCAAGCAGUGGCUCUGAUAUCAGAAAUGUUGCUUCUUACGAUACUUGCCAGCGCCGUUAAUUUCAUUGCCCAUGACACCUACAUAAACUGGGUUGAGAAUCGCUUCCAUGGCCAGUUAAACACCCAACGCGUGUUUAAACCUCUCUGUCGCCUAGUUCUGAGCGCGUACUUUGUUCGCAAUCUUGGUUUCUUUCUCUAUGACACAGCGCUGGUUUCCUUAAGUAUUUCGCUGGUUAAAGGAGGAACGGUGCAAGGCUCGCGCGACUGGGAUAGCUUGCUCCUGUUGCUUAGCGCGGCAUUUCGGGCAAGUUUAACCAAAUUCUUCUUUGAAAAGAUGUUUCAAGGACAACAACUACCCACGGUAAGAUAAAGGUCAUUAAAAGUUAAUCUGGCUUUACAAGAUUAUAACAUCUCUUCAUUACAAAGGGUAACAGAGGAAAUCAGUCUACUGGACGAAUUUUUACCUUAACCCCUCCAAGUACAGGGAGAAUUAAGUCUAUUAAAAUAUGAUAUUCUCUGUGCAAGUAACUGCGAUAGAACAUUAACAGUAAUUUCAUUCAAAUACAGUUGACUCUCGAUAACUCGAACCCUCGCUAACUCGAACCUGUCGAGCCUCUCGCUAACUCGAACCAAAAUCGAUUUCCCCUGAAUUUCCGUCAGACAUUUACUGUAAUUUAACCCUCGGUAACUCGAACCUCCCGCUAACUCGAAGUAGUUUUUGUUUCCCCUCAGAUCACUUCUAUAUAAUUUUUCCCUCUAUAACUCGAACCGUGUUUUGAGCCCUUAAAAAGUGGGGAAAAAAACAGUCUAUUCUAUUGAAUUUUGAAUUUCCAAUUGACGUGUUGUAGGCAUAUAGUUUAUUAGUGGAGGUUGGUGUUGUUUGCCUCUCGAAACAGUAAAAACGCAUGCUCUAUUUAGGCUAUGUUUUGUUACGUUACGUUCUGAUUUAUAAUCUCGAAGUAUCUUUUAAUUUUCACUUGACAUUUCUACUAUUCAUGUGUUUAAAAUGUUUACUGUGACUGUGCAGUUUUCCAUCCUCCUGGCUAUUUUCUUCGAGCUUCCAAUAACUCGAACUUUUUUCGAUUUCCCUUGAAGGUUCGAGUUAUCGGAAGUCGACUGUAUUACUUUAUAAACUAAGUUGGUUGGCAAGUUUCAAAGGCGGGCGCAUUACCUGCUCACUCACAGAGAGGAAAUAUCACUUUUCUUACGAAGUAAGGGGCGGAAGACCCGAGCGUGGCGAGGUUUACACAUAAGGCGGGAUUCUCGAAGUCUCCCUCGCAGCCGUUGCUGUCUCGACAAAAACGGCUACGAGAAAGACUAGGAUUUUCGUCACGCGUGGUUCGAUUAGGGCAGUGGAAUCUUGAAAUUUGUUGCCUGGAAGCUAUAUUAAUGGUUACUCAGGGGGAAAGAAAAUUGUCAAUGCUUUUAUUCUCGACAGGUAUGCGAAAAGGAAGAGGACACGAGGACUUUAUUGGGAGACAUACAAAGCAGGCAACUGGGAGGAUACCAAUUUCUUGAAGCCUCAACAGAAAGAAGUUUGACCUGA